CUGUACUCUGCUGAGCUCUCAGUUCCCAAGUCCUUUUGUGACAGUUUGAGAAGGUCCCGUUGGAGUUUGUUGACCAUGAAAUGGUGGGUAAUAUAUAUCUCUAUUUUUGGGAUUUUUCCUGUGAUCACACACAGUUUCCAGGCACAAUACAAUGGGGAUCAAGUGCUCCAUCUCAUCCCUGCGGAUUCCGAGCAUGUGGAGUUUCUGAAACAGCUUGUGGAGGACGAGCAGAUUGACUUGUGGAGGCCUGAGUUCCCAGAGAGAAUUCAGCCUCAGGAUGAGGUCCAUGCUCGGAUCCCAGCCUCAGCACUCGACACAGUUAAAGGUGAACUGAAGGCACGGGCCCUUCAAUACAGCAUUUUAACGGAAAAUAUUCAAGAACUCCUGGACAACCAGAUACAGAAUGAGGAUAAGCAGCCUUUCAAUACCAGAGCACACAGCUACAUCAAGUAUCACCCAAUGGAAGAGAUCUAUCACUGGAUGGAACACAUGAAGGAAAACUAUAAGGAGUUGGUGACACAGCAUCUGCUGGGGAUGACAUACCAGAAGCGGCCGAUGUAUUAUCUGAAGAUCAGUAGAAAAUCCGAUAAACCCAAGAAGAUCAUUUGGAUGGAUUGUGGAAUUCAUGCCAGGGAGUGGAUCGCUCCUGCUUUCUGCCAGUGGUUUGUGAGGGAGGUAUUAGAGGCAUACACUGCAGACCCUCAAAGAGAACGCUUCCUCCAACACAUUGACUUCUACAUUCUGCCGGUUCUGAACGUCGAUGGCUAUAUUAAUUCCUGGACUACGGACCGCCUAUGGAGAAAAUCCAUGUCCCUGUGUGAUUUGGACAACAGUACCUGUUUUGGAACUGAUCUCAACAGGAAUUUUGAGGCAAAAUGGUGCAGUAUUGGGGGUUCGAGAAACUGCUGUUCAAUCACCUAUUGUGGUUCAGCACCAGAGUCUGAACCAGAGACCAUCGCCGUUGCUAGCUUUCUCCGUAAGCAUCUGGGUGACGUUUUAUGCUACCUGGCCAUUCACUCCUACGGUCAGAUGAUUCUUAUGCCUUAUGGGUACACAAAUACAACAGCCAGCAACCACGAGGAAAUGGUGAAUGUCGGACAAAAAGCAGCUGAUGCUUUGUACCAGAAGCAUGGGACAAGAUUUAAAGUGGGAUCAACGGUAGAGCUUCUCUAUUAUGCAGCUGGCACAUCCAUUGACUGGGCAGCUGACCUUGGAAUUGACUUCUCCUUCCUGUUCGAGCUCCGAGACAAUGGGACCCAUCAUUUCAUCCUCCCAGAAGAUCAGAUCCAGCCAACCUGUGAGGAGACGAUGGCUGCUGUGACAACCAUUAUUGAGCACGUAUAUGAUAAACAUUUCCCGAACACUGCUCCAACCAUUGUAGCCCUGUGGUUCAGUGUGCUGGCCUCCAGCUUCUUAAGCGUAUACUUUGUAAAAUGACUCCAAGACCAGAGGUAAAGAACUUGGAGGGGCUAGGGUUUAGGUGUGGAGGAAUGGGGACCCAAGCAUCGUCAUUAUGGCCAUUUGGCCCAUCGAGUCUUUGCCAGCUGUCUGCAGCUCAGUCCAAUCAGUCCCAUAUCCCUGCUUUGUCCCCUUGGCUCUGCAAGUUUAUUUCCCUUCGAUCCGAUUUUCUUUUGAAAUCAUUGAUUGUCUCCUCUUCCACCAUCCUUGUGAGCAGAGAGUUCCAGGUCAUCACCACUCACUGUGUUAAAAAGUUCUUCCUCACAACACCAUCUGCAACUCUUGCUGAAAAACUUAAUUCUGUGACCCCCUAGACCUUGUGACACCAGACAAUGGGGCCAGAUUUUCUUUGUCUAUCUAAUCGAAACUUAUCAUUAUCUUAUGCGCCUCUAUUGAAUACCCCCUUAACUUCCUUUGCUCCAAGGAGAACCAUGCCAGCUUCUCCAACCGAACCUUGUGGCUAAAACACCCCCCAUCCCUGGAACCGUUCUGGUAAAUCUCCCUCUGCACCAUCACAGGGACCCUCACAUCCUUCCUAAAGUGUGGUGACCAGAACUGGAAGCAAUACUCUAGUUGGGAUCUAACCAGAGCUUUAUAAAUGUUCAGCGUAACUUCCCUGCUUUUGUACUCAAUACUUCCAAGAUCCUAUAUGCUUUGCUAAUUACUCUCUCAUUAUGCCCUGCCACCUUCAAAGAUCCAUGCAGAUGAGCCCCCAGCUCCCUCUGUCCCUGCACGCUCACACCUGGAUCAAUUCCAGGGAGGUGCGGGAAGCGAGUGAAAUUACCUGGCAGUUGGACUUGCUGCAUUCUUGUGGCUGAGCCACUCUUGAUGGGGAGAUAGACUGCAGAAGGGCCAGAAGUGUAAUCAAGGUGUGUAUUCCAGUUAUUAUGGGUCAAAGGUAAGACAGGAACAUGGAAUGAGAGGGAGGGAGGGAAACCACAAUACAUUAUUCAUAGACAAAAUCAAAGAAACACUGGCUGUUAGAAGUACUGACUAAUGUCUCUGGAACAUUUCACUUUAGUAUUUUAUUCAGCAAAAUGGAAGAUUAGCAGAACAACAUUGCAAACAACUGGAUUUCCCUCUUCCUCCAUUUCCCCUCCUGCCCUUCACCCCAUCUCUCCCAAAGCUGUUGAUGUACAUUGCGGAACAAUGACCUCACGAUACCUCACCCAGGUUCUCCGAUUACCAAGUGAAGUGAGAUGAGAACCCGAGAGAAUGAUAACGUGGGCAAAGUAACAAUGAACACAACUCAGUGAAUCCAAAGUAGAACAAAGUCACUAAGUAAUGCAAGGGAUUUACACACAGGAACAGUGCGCUGUUGCUGGGUCAAAUUCCUGGCACUCCCUCCCUAAUAGCGCUGUGGGCGUAUCUACACCACAGGGACUGCAGCGGCUCAAAAAGACAGCUCACCAUCACCCUCUCAAAGGCAAUUAGGGAUGGGUAAUAAAUGCUAGCCUAGCCAAAGAUGACCACAUCCCAUGAAUGAAAAAAAACUGGUCUAUGCUAGUGCUUAUUCUCCACAUGAACCUCCUCCCACCUCUCUUCAUCACACCCUAUCCAACAUAUCUUUUGAUUCCUUUUGCCCUCAGGUACUUACCUAGUUCACCUUUAAAUGUGUCUGUGCUACUCACCUCAACUACUCCUUAGCUAGUUCCAGAUUCUAAUUGCCCCCUGGGUACAGAGUUUCUCCUGAAUUCCUUGUUGGAUUUAUUGGUAACUAUUUAGCAACCAAUCAACACUCUCUUCUCAUACAGUUUAAUUAUUGUUUCCUGUGACAUUGGUAUUCUUGCGAGUGUCCUGAUGAGUGCAAGAUGAAAAGCUUUGACAAAAUGUCUAUUUUUAGCAAUACGUAACUAUUUUAUAUUUGAGGUCCCUAUUUCUGGUUUGUCUUGCAAGUGGAAACAUUUACACCUGCCCUAUUCAAACCCCAAAUCCUCUCUCAGGUCGUCCUUCAGUCCUCUUUCCUAGAGAAAGGAGCUCCAGCCUGUCCAACCUUUCCCGCUAGGUGUAAUCUCUCAGUUCUGGUAUCUUUUUACCCCUUCUUCAAUGCCUCUAUACCCUUUUAAUAAUAUGAACAUGCACAGUGCUCCCAGUGUGGUCUAGGCAAAAUUCUAUACAAGUUUAACUACUUUUCAUAUCUAACCUCCUCAGAAGGCAAUUUCAUGAUCUCAUUCACCUUUUAGUGACCUGUGUACCUAUAACCCAGAUCCCUCAACUCUUCUACCCAUUUAGACACUUAUUUUCCAGGGAUUGUGUGCCCUUCCUAUUCUUCCUGACAACAUGUAUGAUCUCUCAUUUAUUUAUACUGAAGUUCGUUUGCCAAAUAUGUGCCAACUCAGCAUGUUUAUUAAAGCCUUCCUAUAUCAUCUCAUUAACCAUACAGCUCAAUCUGGUGACAUCUGCACAUUUUGAAAUUGUACUUCCAAUUAUACCUGGGAUGAAGGGCUUAUCCUAUGAGGAAACGUUGGACAGGUUGGGCCUGUGCCCAUUGGAGUUUAGAAGAAAGAGAGGUGAGACAUGAAAGACCCUGAGGGGACUUGACAGGGUGGAUGCUGAAAAAAGACGCUUCUUCCUCUGGGGGUAAACCAGGACUCGGGGAUACAAUUUCCUUGUUAAGACUGAUAUGAGGAGAAUGUUUUUUUCUCCCUGAGGGACCUUAGUCUGUGCAAUCCUCUUCUCCAGAGAGCAGUGGAGGCUGGGUCAUUGAAUUUAUUCAAGGCUGAGUUGGAUAGAUUUUCGAUAGACAAGGGAGUCAGGGCUAUAGGGGCAGACAGGAAAGUGGAGCAAAAACCACAACCAGAUCAGCCAUGAUUGUGCCGAAUGGCGGAGCAGGCUCGAGGGGCUGAAUGGCCUUCUCCUGAUCUUAAGUCCUACGUUCCUAUGUAAAUGGUGAACGGUGGUCCCGGCUCCAAUCCCUGAGGAAGACUAUUUCCAUUCUUUUUCCAGUCUGAGUGAGCACCUUUAACCUUUAUUUUCUCUGUUCUGUUUUGUAGCUAAGCUUACUUGUCACCUGACUCCACAUGUUAUGUCCUUAGCUAUGAGUCUACUGUGUGGUACCUUAUCAAAAGGCUUUUUGGAAAUCCAUCUUUAAAGAUCUUUGUAUCUGUACUCCUGGAUCUCCCUCUUCCUGUACCCCAUUCAAACACUUACUUUCCAAAGAUCGUAUGACCUCCCCAUUCUUCCUAUUGCCUAAGUCUUUAAAGAGUUGGUCCUUUCACUUUAUUAUUAGCAGUCUUUUUAUACUUCUGUUUUAUAGUUGUAUUUGUCCUGUGAUCAUUUAUUUUAUCCUUAAUCUGACCGUUACUCUAAUGCCCAGUUUCCUUCAUCUUCAGACUUGUGUUAUUUUCACCAGAUCUACCUUCUCCCUGCAACCUCAUCCUACUAGUUUGAAGCCCUAUUGACAGCUCUGUCCCUUCCACUAGAACACUGGCCUCAACCCAGUACAGACGCAGCCCAUCCCAGUGGUACAAUUCUUUCCUGCCCCUGCACUAGCUCCAGUGUCCCAUGAAAUGGAACCCACUCCUUCCCACAUCAGCCUUACAGGAACACAUUCAUUUUCCUGAUCUAACCAUCCCAAUGCCAAUUGGCACUUGAUGUGGAUAAUGAUCCCAAGAUUGCUAACUUCUGAUAUUCCCUUAUCAAGUCCACCCACCUCCCAUUUGUUCCAUAUGUUACUGGACCCAACAUGGACCAAUAGUUUUGCCAACUGUGAUUAACUGUAUUCCUGGAGGUUUUAUCACAUGACUUGCCUCUACACAGCAGCCGGUAGUUGGCCAACUCAUCCAUCCUUGUGAUCCACUGCUUUCCCAUGCCAACUGGAAAACAAAAAGACACAUUACCCAUUUGGAUGAUGCUUGACUGACAGCCAACCGGCCUUUUUUUCCCCCAUUUUCAAUAUUUUUAUAUCUGGUAAAGAGCAAUGUUCAAA